CGGACGAAAGCCUCGAGCCUAACUCGUCGAGUCUCACUGGGCCUUAGUCGUCGGAGAGUCCCAAGCGCGAAGUUUCACGGCCUGGAGGAGGGGUCGCGCGAAGUGCCAGAUGCAGGCGGGGAAGGUUUCCUUUCCCUGCUCAGAAGCUUUGCCAGAGGGGACAUUCCCUGGAAGGCUGAGGGUCACCACGCACCAUGAGCGAGUCUGGCAAGCCCAUCCUCUAUUCCUAUUUCCGAAGCUCCUGCUCAUGGAGAGUUCGAAUUGCUCUGGCCUUGAAAGGCAUUGCCUAUGAGACGGUGCCCGUCAAUCUCAUAAAGGAUGGGGGCCAACAGUUCUCUAAGGACUUCCAGGCACUGAAUCCCAUGAAGCAGGUGCCAACCUUGAAGAUUGAUGGAAUCACCAUUCAUCAGUCACUGGCCAUCAUUGAGUACCUAGAGGAGACGCGUCCCACUCCACGACUUCUGCCUCAGGACCCAAAGAAGAGGGCCAGUGUGCGAAUGAUUUCUGACCUCAUCACUAGUGGCAUCCAGCCCCUGCAGAACCUGUCUAUCCUGAAGAAAGUAGGAGAGGUUUCCAAGGACUUGAGAGAGGAGACGCAGCUGACCUGGGCCCAGAAUGCCAUCACUUCUGGCUUUAACGCCCUGGAGCAGAUCCUGCAGAGCACAGCAGGCAAAUACUGUGUAGGAGAUGAGGUGACCAUGGCUGAUCUGUGCUUGGUGCCUCAGGUGGCAAAUGCUGAGAGAUUCAAGGUGGAUUUCACACCCUACCCCACCAUCAGCUGUAUCAACAAGAGGCUGCUGGCCUUGGAAGCCUUCCAGGUGUCUCACCCUUGCCGGCAGCCAGAUACACCCACUGAGCUGAGGGCCUAGCUCCCAAAUCCUGCCCCAUUAGCACAGGGGCACAGGGGCAGAAGCUGGGUGAACUGAAGAGGCCUGGAAACAAGUGCGUCUUCAUUGAGAGGACAGAAGACUCAAAGUCUAGCCCUGGAUCUGCCUUCCUGCUGAACCCAGUUCCACCUCAGUCCCCUCAUCUGUCAAAUGCAUGUGGGGUGGGGCAGGGAGAUACUGGGAGCAGGGUGGACAGAAAUAUUACCUGCUAUCUAUGUGACGGCGGGGGGUCGUGAAGCUGAGAUGAAAAUGUGGAUUAAAAUGCCUGGCAUGUUUACCAUAGGACCA